CAGUGAUAGCUGAUGGCGUAGCUGCAGUUACUGUCAAAGUCAAAUUUACAUAAACAUUUAUUUUAUUUUAAACAAAAUAUUAUAGUAAUUGUAAAAUGUAAACUUGUAGUGGCUUAAUAAAAUGGCACAGGGGGUAUUAAGCUCUGACAUAUCCCGACGAAACCCUCAAGAUGAUUAUGAACUCAUACAGAGAAUUGGGAGUGGAACCUAUGGAGACGUCUACAAGGCCAAAAGGCUGUCCACAAAUGAUUUUGCAGCUAUCAAAGUCAUCAAACUGGAACCAGGUGAUGACUUUGGUAUUAUCCAACAAGAAAUUCUUAUGAUGAAAGACUGCCGACAUCCUAACAUAAUAGCUUACUAUGGAAGUUAUUUAAGGAGGGAUAAACUAUGGAUAUGUAUGGAAUAUUGUGGUGGAGGCUCACUACAAGACAUUUACCAUAUUACAGGUCCUUUAGCAGAAAAUCAAAUAGCUUAUAUGUGUAGAGAAACCUUGUUGGGUCUGCAGUACCUUCAUAGUAUGGGGAAGAUGCAUAGGGAUAUUAAAGGAGCAAAUAUUCUGCUCACUGAAGCAGGAGAUGUGAAAUUAGCUGAUUUUGGUGUGUCGGCACAAAUUACAGCCACAAUAAAUAAAAGAAAAUCAUUUAUUGGCACUCCUUAUUGGAUGGCGCCUGAGGUUGCUGCUGUAGAAAGGAAAGGGGGCUACAAUCAGUUAUGUGAUAUAUGGGCAACUGGAAUUACAGCAAUAGAGCUGGCAGAAUUGCAACCCCCCAUGUUUGAUCUGCACCCUAUGAGAGCUCUAUUUUUAAUGUCAAAAAGUGGGUUUAAACCUCCCACAUUGAAAGAUAAGGAGAAAUGGAGUCCUACAUUCCACAAUUUUGUCAAGGUAGCACUUACAAAAAAUCCAAAGAAAAGACCUACUGCUGAGAAGUUGUUGCAGCAUCCCUUUUUCCAAGGAGAUAUGAGUAGAAGACUGGCAUUGGAGCUUCUUCAGAAAGUGAACAAUCCUUCUCAUAUGUUCACAGAAUUUGAAGCCGAUGAAGAUGGGGCUGUACCGAAUGUGCCACAAAGGAUAACAUCAAGACUAACUACUAGACCAAAGUCUCAAAAUGCUCUGCAUACAAAUGAUAUUGAUAUUGAUGAUUCUAAUAACACAUUGCACAGGCCAGGUCCUCCAAAUAUCAUAGUUGAAGACCAGAAAACUAAGCAAUGGGAUGUGAUGGACUUAAUGAAUAACGUGACAAGUGUCCAUAAUUGCGUCGAACAUCAGAAUAAAAAAUGUGGGAUUGGAGCAGCUUUUGACUCUUUGAAUAGAGAUAUGGAAAACUCUGAAAGAAAAGCCAUGACUGGGUCUCAGUUACUAAAAAUGUCGUUAAGGAGUCUAUUGCAGUACAUUGAUGAAGAGCUGGUAAUGAGGGGCACCUACGUCUAUCACCCCACGGACUACGAGCAGCAGGCAACCUUACCUGUACAAGAUUCCGAGGCGGCAUCCCUAGCCACCGUUGCCGCAAGCGCGAUGGGCGUGGCCAAAUGCGAAGUGCACAACGCCCACCACCAUCACCGUCGAUCGGACGGCGAUAGCCCCUCCUCCAACGUUUCGGCCGACCAAUCGGCGGCCGCCGGUGCGUUCGCGGGCGGAUCUCCCAGAAGGCACUCGUCCGUCGACGAGAUAUUCGGCCUGAUGAACUCGAUGGAUAUCGGGGGGAGGCAGAGGUCGUUGAGCGAUAGCGGGAGAAGGGAUAGGAGCAAGGAGAGGGAGACGAACGGAUCGGAAUCUGGACCUGCGGAUGGAAACGUCCCUGAUUUAGUGACGAGUCCGCCAGUACCUCCAAGGAAACACAGACGGCGCCACACGCCUCCCAGACCUCCCAGCAAUGGUCUUCCACCAACGCCUAAAGUCCACAUGGGAGCCUGCUUUUCCAAGGUUUUCAAUGGUUGUCCGCUGCGUAUUCACUGUACGGCAUCGUGGAUAAACCCAGAGACGCGGGAUCAGCACAUACUCAUUGGCGCCGAAGAAGGCAUAUACAAUUUGAAUCUGAACGAAUUGCACGAGACCUGUAUAGACCAGUUGUACAAUAGGCGAACGUUGUGGAUGUAUGUUAUCAAAGACGUUUUGAUGACGCUUUCAGGUAAAACGUUACAGUUGUACAGGCACGAUCUGCUGGCGUUGCAGAACAAGCAGUCGCAUAGGUUUAGUUUGCAUAUGAACCGGAUCCCGGAACGAUUAGUACCUAGGAAAUUCGCAUUGACCACCAGAGUGCCAGAUACUAGGGGCACGUCUAAAUGCUGCGUGGCCAGGAACCCCUACAAUGGCUACAAGUACCUUUGCGGUGCUACCGCUACGGGAAUUUAUCUCAUGCAGUGGUACGAUCCGCUGAACAAGUUCAUGCUGCUAAAGCAUGUGGAAUGCGUUCUGCCAAACCCCUUAAACGUUUUUGAGAUGAUAAUCACUCCGGAGCUAGAGUAUCCUACAGUAUGUGUAUCAAUUAAGCAAGCAUAUCAGCAAAAUAGGUUCAAACUGGAUCUUAUCAAUAUGAAUUCAGGUGCGAGCUGGUUCCAUUCAGACGAGCUCCAAGACAUGGAUGGAACAGCAACCGUAAUUCCCAAAAAGGAGAAUUUGAGCAUUGUGAAUGUUACUCAGCUGGACAAAGACUCUAUUUUAAUGUGCUACGACAACGUGAUAAAAAUUGUGACGCCCCAGGGCAAGUUGAAAGUUAACAAGAAACAAGUCUGCGAGCUGCAGUUUGACUUCAAAAUCGAAAGUAUAUUAUGCCUACCAGAUAGUGUUUUAGCUUUCCAUAAGCACGGGAUGCAAGGUAGAUCUUUGAAAAAUGGAGAAAUAACGCAAGAAAUCACUGAUACGGCCAGGACAUAUAAACUUCUCGGCUCUGACAAAGUUGUCAUGUUAGAAAGUAAUCUAGUACGUACCGGAACACUGACACACGAAGAUGGCCAUGAUUUAUAUAUCUUGGCAGGCCAUGAAGCUAGCUAUUAAGAAGUCUGCUCAAUGAAAUGCUUCGCUUAGGACUCACAAUUUUUUAACUUAUUUCCAUAGAAUAGUUUCUAGAUAAGUUAGCAAACGAUACAGAAAUCGAGGUGUCCUUGAUAUAAAACAGAUAUUUUUCUCCUUGGAAUCGUGUAUGAAUCGUUACUAUAUACUAUAUAAUACGUCUUAUUUAUUUUGAAGAGAAAAUAGAGAAGAUAUUACGAAAUAUUUUAGAUAAAAGAGUGCUAAAUUGAAAAAAUAUCAAAUGUAUAAAACUAUUCGUUCGUGCAUGCGUUUCAAAGUGUAAUCGGCCAAAAUUAUCUAGAAAAUAUUUCAGAGUAACGUUAAGAGGUUCAAAUAUUGACAAUAUAAAUAUGUUAAAUUGUUCGCUUACCGAUCUGGCUACCUAGUGCCAGAUUUUAAAAAUAUACGAGUAUACAGGGUGAUUCAGAAACGAUGACAUAUUUCAUGAGCGGAAAAUAGCUCCAAAAAUAACACGAUCAGUUCAUGCUUUAGAUGGGUCGUAAAAUGUCAUAUUAUUACACAGGGUGUUGAAGCUAAAAUGAAAUCUCCAGAGUCUCCAGAAACUGACCAAUACAUAAGGGAAAUAUUUUCUACGCCACUGACUUUUCCGAAACAUUGCAUUUUCGAAUAAAGUACGCUUGUGAAAAUAAAAAUUGGAAACUUAGUAAUUUUUUGAAGAAUAGAAAAUGGUCAUAUUGAGGUUCUAAGAGAAGCAUACAGCUUAAAAUGUCUGGUUUUUGAAUCUAUUAGUCAAACAUUUAUUGAAGUUGCUGGUAAACUCAAUACGAUCAUUUUUUACUGAUAUACAUCACUUCAAAUGAUCACUAAGAAUUUACAAUUUUUAUUUGGACCUUCAUUUAGUUUCACUCAAAUUGCCUCUUGAAAAAUUUUUGUCAGAUCAUUCGUUAAUGUUAACACCUGAAAUUUAUCCUGUAAUUUUCCUGCCAAUAAAACUUUAUGAUGUUUCGGCCAGAUAAUACCAAAUAUGUAUAAAUUACAUUUUACUGACGUUUCAACAACCUCUGUGGCCUUUUUCAAUAAUAAUCAUAAACCGUCUUUUCUUGAUUUUCAUAGACAAAUAAAUUACAAUAUCAAAAAUACAAUACCAGUGGCGAAAUCUAUUUAAUAGCUAAUUAUUUUAGAAUUGAAUCAAAGAAUCGAUUAAGUAGUUAAAAAAAUGUGGUAAAUGAAGUUUACCAGAAACAGUUAAUACUAGGACAAUACAUUUCGCAUUUUUAAAUGGAGAUUUAUAAAAAAUCCACAGCGUUUUAUGGAAAAUAUCUAUGUUUUGUUCGUAUUAAGCCUCAUCAGUGGAGUAUAAAUUUUCAACGCCUUGUAUCUUACUACUCAAGGGCUUGUAGGGCUUUUUAAAAAUACUGCCAUUGUUCUUCGAGUCACCCUGUAUAUACAAGAAGUGUCAUAAACAAUUAAUUGAUUCAUUUCUGUCCAAAGGGUGAAUUUCUUGAGCUGAUUUUACAAAGCGUCCACGUGAAUGGUGGUUAGGUUUUUUAUUUUUGGAUGAAAUUUGCGUUCGAUUUGUGUUGAACAACAGGGCAUCGGAAAAAUUCAUACAAGUAGUAAUAUUUCGUAUAUGAGUAACGCUGUAGACUGAUUGUUGAAAUUCUGAUCAAAUUAUGAUAUCAAAAUAUACAAAUUUGGUGUUUAUAAUGUUGUGUUUGGUUCGUAAAAAAUGUGUGGUCGUUUCGAGUAUCCAUUACGUUUUGACGUCUACUGUGGUGAACAGCUGAUCAGCAAGUGACAUCUUUGUAUUAAAGCCUUUGUCUACAGAUCUAGCGUUGACGGUUCCGACAUAAUUGUGUGUCACUUGUCAAUAUGGGGUGUUUUGAUAUGUUACUAGAUGAUCAGCUGUUAUUUGCUGUCAUAUUUGACGUAAUGGAUACUCGAAAAACUUUAUUACAGUGAUGGUGACUAACAAACUUCAUAUAAUAGACUUAUAUUUGACAUGGAAAGCUCCAGCAAGGAAAUUAUUAGCUGACUGAUACUUUUAAUAAUCUGAAAUUUGUGAAAAAUGUUUAAAAAAUAUUGAUAGAUAUGCAUUUUUCUGAGCGAAAAGUAUCGUUUUUCUUCUCAAACAUUGUAAAGCAUCUUGGAAAAUAUUCUCCCUUCUGACAGUCUUGCUGGCAGUAUUACAACUAAAAAUACUCUUGUUAGAUUUCUGUAUUUUCGUGUAACAUAGUCAAACAGCAUUUUUGGCUGUGUCAUAUAUGCUUAAAUAUAUAGUGAAGCAAGGGCAAGGUCAUAAGUACUUCUUAGUCACCAAACCAAUGAAUUUCGAUAGAUUAGAAGGAGCAUCUAGAAUAUAUUUACAUUGCAUCGUUUGUCGUCAAAGUGCAUACUUUUCACUCAUUUGACUACCAGAGAGACAGCAUUGUAUCAACAUGAUAAUAAUACUUAUAAGUGGAAAGAUCUAUCUUCAUUUGGCUUGUGCUGCUCUUUGUAAAAUAUGCAAGAAGCACCAUGUUGAGAAAUCGAUUACAUCACAGUUAUCUGCAGACACUCUCACUUUUAAAUAAUAACACUAUAAAUGUGAAUUAAUUGACAGAACUGUCAAAACAGUAACGUAUAUGUCAAGUAAACUUGUAGUAUGCACUCUUAUCCUGACAGACAGAUUUUGGAGACAAACAAAUCGUAACUUCAUUCAUUAAUGAAAUUCCUAUUUAUAAAAGUUGUUUUAGAUAUCAUGUUUUGGUUUGGCCUUAAUAGGUUGGAUAAUUUUUAUCAUAUCAAUUUUAUGAACCUGUGUCAAUUUAAGAGCUAAUACUAAUACAUCUAACCUUGAAAAAAUAGAUCGCAUGUGAUUAUGAUCUUGCAAUUGUAUCAUGUUUUGUAAAUAUUGUAAAUUUUUAAAUAUAUUGAAUCAUACCAAAAAGUAAUUUAUUUAAUAUUCAAUAUUUGAUUUUAAGUAACAAUGUAAUAUCAUGUGUAUGCAGAGUUAUAGUCAGUUUUACAUCAAAUCGCUUGACUGUAAAACAAAUCACUCUGAUUAUCCAAUUUUAAGACUCAUUUUGUUAACAUUUUAUUAUUUAAAAGCUGAAACUGUAUAUUUUAAUUUUAUUUA